AUGUCACACGUACCCGUCGGAAACUCGCCCUUCCUCAAGCGCGUGCUUGUUCCAUUCUGGGUUAUACGGAUUUUAAUUAUGGUUGUUGAAGUUGCCAUAUAUGCCUUCGGAAUUGGAAUCAUUGCUUCAAAUAAAGACAAGAUUGACCAGAGGGUCUUUACUGGCUCCUUGGCCGUUUUCGCCGUUAUGGAGGGCAUUCUUGUCGUCUGUCUGCUUCUUGAUAUAGUCUGUAUUAUCAAGCGAGCUCGCCGGACACUUUCACCCAAAUUCUUUUUUGCGACAAACCUCGUACAGACAACGAUAUUUGUCGUAUUAUUUGUCUUGUCUAUUCUUGGCGGACAGACGGUACUCAGCUUGAUUCUGAAUAUUGCUAUUGUGCUCUCAUUCAUUGGACUCCUUGUAUAUGCUUCUAUCAUCUUUCACCAAGAUCGCAAGGGAACUCUGCGAGGUAGUUACACACCAGCGGCACAAUUUGCCGAAUCUACCAAACUGGCGACGUCAACGCAUUAUGAUUCCUCAUAUACAGGGGCAAAAAGCACUGAAGAAAAGGCUUUCCCUACUUCAGCUGCAUAUGAACCCGAUCGAACACGCAUGUACUAUGAUUCGCCGGCACAUCAUAGCCCUGACGAUGUACAUCAGACAAAUCGCCAAGAGGCGCACGAAUAUGUGUAA